AUAUUUGUCUACAGAAAGACAGAGCUAAGAUCACCUCUAGAUUUGAGCACCACAUUUCUAAUGGCGACUUGGUUCCUGAAAUCCAGAAGCGUUUUGCAGUGUGUCAAGACAAGAGCUGGCUUGCAUCAAAUCAUUUGCAACAGGAGUUUAAAAGGAGCUUCUCUGCAUUCUAAAGCUUUACAACUUGAGGAUGAUUUGGAUUACUCCGAAAACGAGGCCUGGUACUUUCCGGGUGGUGCAGUUCCAUUUACUUCCAAGAUUAACUUCAUUGCUGAUUCCUCUGAGGAAAGGAUACAUUGCUAUCGAGUUCUUGACAAUAGCGGUCAUCAUAUGCUGUCCAACACAUCAAAAUUGAUAAGCAAGGAACUCGCAGUGCAGCUAUAUAGUAGCAUGGUGACGCUUCAAAUGAUGGACACCGUCUUCAAUGAAGUGCAGAGGCAAGGAAGAACUUCGUUUUAUAUGACCUCACACGGAGAAGAGGCCAUCAACAUAGCCUCAGCUGCUGCACUGAGUAACGAAGACAUUAUCUUGCCACAGUAUCGCGAGCAUGGAGUUCUUUUAUGGCGUGGUUUCAGCCUGCAAGAAUUUGCCAACCAAUUGUUUGCAAAUAAAGCAGAUAAGGGGAAAGGCAGGCAAAUGCCGAUGCAUUAUGGGUCUAAUAAGCACAACUACAUUACUGUGUCGUCGCCUUUAGGUACACAAAUUCCACAAGCUGUCGGGGUCGCUUAUUCUCUUAAAAUGGAAAAGAAGGAUGCAUGUGUUGUUACUUAUUUUGGGGAUGGCACUACCAGUGAGGGAGAUUUCCAUGCCGGUUUGAAUUUUGCAGCAGUUUUGGAGGUUCCAGUGAUUUUCUUCUGUCGGAACAAUGGCUGGGCCAUAAGCACCCCUGUCACAGAGCAGUUUCGGAGUGAUGGAAUUGCUGUCAAAGGCCGAGCUUACGGGAUCCCAAGUAUACGAGUCGACGGAAAUGAUGCCCUUGCUAUUUAUGAUGCAAUGCAAGAAGCUCGUAAAAUAGCUAUCAAGGAACAGAAGCCCAUUUUAAUUGAGGCUCUGACAUACCGAGUAGGACAUCACUCUACGUCUGAUGAUUCUACCAAGUACCGGGCCAGAGAAGAAAUCGAGCAAUGGAAAGCAGAUAGGAAUCCUAUUUCCAGAUACAGAAACUGGAUAGAGGGAAAUGGGUGGUGGAAUGAAGAACAGGAAUCCACGCUCCGAGGCAGCGUUAGAAAACAGCUUAUGAAUGCUAUUGGAGUCGCAGAGAAAGCAGAAAGACCAGCGCUUACAGAUUUGUUCGCUGAUGUGUACCAUGACAUGCCCACAAACCUCCAGGAGCAGGAAAGAUCGCUAACAGAAACUAUAAGGAAACACCCACAAGACUUCCCUUCUGGUUUUGCUGUGGCAUCACAAAUAUAACUUUAACGUCAGUGCUCUUUACUAUAUGCUACUUCCAUGUUGCUUGUACUCGAACAUGGAUAUAAAUUGAAGUGAUGAACCUUAAAAUAUAAAAAGCGUUAGAAUUCUAUGCAAGUUUCAAGGC